AUGUUCAGCCUUGGCCGAGUGCCUUUGGCAAAGGUCUUAGGCUGCAGUCGCGGGCAUUCGGCCUAUCAAGCAGCCCUUCAGGGGUUCAGCUCGCUGCUACUGCUGCUGCUCUUUGUUGCGAGCAUCAGCACGCCCACUGUUGUGGGCCAAGCGCCGGUGUGCGAGGAUGUGAGCAUUCAUGCCGUCUUUCUCAUUGAUGGCGCCUACGGUGUCUCUAGCUCAGCGUUCACAGCACGAAAAUCGCUCGUCGCUCGGUUGGCCGCCGCCGCCGACAACGCGCGGGGCAAUGCCACGCGCUACGAGGCUUAUGAAUUCAGCAACUUUGUUUGUGCAGUCUCCACACAAUGCACAUCCGAUCCCCUCCCUUCCAGUGAUCAACUUGUGGAUCAACUCGCCAGCAUUGACCAGAGCUACGGUGGCAUCAGUCGCUGGCAGCGAGCUGUGACCCGCGCGACCAAUCACCUGACCGCUGCCACAUCCAGUGCCCAGGAUACCGGCCUUGAGCAGCACAUUGUGCUGUUAGCGUCGACGCCCCCCCAUGAUCUGAACGCCACCCAGGCCGCUUUGCAGCUGGCCGUCGAUGCCGACAUUCAAGUUCACCUCCUUCUUCUAGAUCCCUUGGAUACGUCGGACGUUGCGUCCCUUCUCACCUUCAACCCCGUCCCCAUUGCUGACGCUGCGACCGUCAAUGCCACGUCCCUCGAGAGUUCUCUCUUUUGCAACGAGAUUACAACAUGCAUCGGGUUUGCCACAACAGCAGGGACAUCAUGUCAAUGUCCCUAUCAGUGCUACUCUUGCCUCAUUUACGAGGAUGACUCUGCGACAUGCACCCAGUGCAAAAAUGGUCGCUACUUUUGGCAAGGAGCGUGCUACGAUGACUGUCAAGAAGCCAGCAACACGCUGCGAAAUUCGGGGGCUGGCAACUUUAAUCGCUACUGCGAGCCUCAUCCUGACUGUCCGGCAGGCACCUAUCGCGCGAAUGCCACUGGCGACGCACAGGCUUGCUUGCCCCACACGGCAUGCUCACCUAAUACAUACCAGCUGCGGCAACCAACCGCGACCUCGGAUCGUAUUUGCGUGCCCCUCGAGGACCUUUGCGGCUCCAUCGAGGGUUGCGCAUUUGAUGACGGUGACAAUGCCAAUUAUCGCGGCCAGAUUAAUAAGACAUCGUCGGGCAAGACAUGUUUGCCCUGGUCCUCUAGCGUUGCGCAAGCCAACCUCGUGACGCCGGAGCUCUACCCCAAUGCCGACUUGCGUCACAACUACUGCCGCAACCCUGACGGGGAGCGUACAGCUUGGUGCUUUGUCGAGGGCACGGCCAAUGCCUUUGAGUUCUGCGGUGUCUGCUCGACCUACGUUGCAGCUCUUCCCACGGCCUCCUCAGAUGUCGUGUGUGCUUCCUUCUCACCCUCGUGUUCUGGUUCAGAGUUGGAAAUGCGCACCCCUACGCAGACCUCAGACCGCCUCUGCGUUGAGCCCAAUUGUGCAUCAUUCCAGUAUUUGGCUGCCAACUUGGCCUGCGUCAACACAAGCGCUGCCUGCGAUAGCGACCAGAUUGAGGAAGUCGCUCCAACGAUUACUUCUGAUCGGCAAUGCACUGCUCUCAAUGAGUGCAGCACGCAACAAUUCGAGGUGGAGGCACCGACACCCUCCACAAACCGAGUUUGCGAAGCAAUCUCCGUGUGUGAUGAGACGACACAGUAUCAAGUUCAGCCCCCGACUGCAACCUCUGAUCGCACGUGCUUGUUGCUUCGUCCUGCCUGCAACAACAGCUGGGAAUAUCAACUGGCCGCCCCGACAGCCACCACCAACCGGAUGUGCACCCCAUAUACUGUGUGCGGCCAGUCACGCUUUGAGAUAGUGCCCGCAUCUCCCACCACCGAUCGCAUCUGCGUGGCACUUCGCACGUGUAGCAAUCAUGAGUGGGAACUGUUGGCUCCCACGCCCACUUCAAAUCGUGUUUGUCGAACUCAGAUCAACUGCACCAUGACCGAUGCCACGGCUGAUACUGUUUGCGCACGCUGCCAGACCUGCGCACCCACCGAGUUUGAAAACAGUACUUGCACUGGUGAACACGAUCGGGUCUGUUUACCCGUCUCUAAUUGCACAAAGGACACCUACGAAACCGCUGCGCCAACGACGACCACCGACCGUCAAUACUGCCGGCUGUAUCUGGAAACAGAAGCCGUGGCCCCGACCGCCUCUACCGACCAACAGUGCGUCAACGUGACCUGCGGUGACGGCGAAUACCAAACUGCUCCUCCCACCCCAACUUCUGCCCAAGCCUGCCGUGAUGUUCAGCUGUGUAGCACAGCUUGUGUUGCACGCGUGGAUGCCUAUGGUCAUGCCUGCCAAUGCAGUGCAGAGUGCCAUUCGUGCAAUUUGCGCGGCGCAGCCUCCUUCUGCACCAAGUGCAAGAACGGGCAUUAUUUAUACGAGGGCCGAUGUUACGAUGAUUGUAGCGCCUUUGAAGGGUACAUCGAGCUUGGAUCGGGCAAUUUCAAUCGGGAGUGCGUGCCCUACAAUGAGUCCAUUCCAAUGUCCCAGUUUGAGGCACUCCAGACUGAGUUUCUACGGUCACCAGCAACAGCCACCUCUGAUGCCAUCUGCCAAGUGCACACGCCCUGCUUCAUCAACUACUACGAGGCGUCUGCUCCAACCCCAACCACCGAUCGCCAAUGCAAGGUCGUGACUUCAUGCAGUUCAAAUCAGUACCAGCAUGCUGCACCCACGAGCACCAGUGAUCGCGACUGUCGCGACGUCAGCUCUUGUGUGGCCGGCCAAACAUAUGAGGUUAUUCCGCCGCGCAGCACCGCAGAUCGCCUGUGCGACAAUUGCACUUAUUUGUAUCUGAGUUUGUGCUUCUCCAGUUGUGCCGUGGCCCCGGGUCAUGUCGAGGUGGGCCAAGCCUUCUACGGCCGCCUUUGUGCCAACGUGAAUGGGACCUCAACUUGGCAGCCUCCAGCUGUCGAAUAUGAGAGCGUUCAGGCAACGGCCACCUCCGACCGAAGUGGCCGCGCCCACCGCCAGCUCAGAUCGCGUUUGCCUAACCGAUACAACCACAUCCACGGUUCCCACCACCACGACGACAACGUCUACCACGUCGACGACAAUGACCACGUCUACAACAAGGACCACGUCUACAACAAGGACCACGUCUACAACAAGGACCACGUCUACAACAAGGACCACGUCGACGACAAUGACUACGUCGACGACAGGGACUACGUCUACCAUGCUCACAACUUCCAUUGCGCCCACGCACACGACUGCAGCCUCGUCCACCACGUCCACGUCAAGCACAAUCACGGCUCCUCUAACGACGUCUUCAACACCAGUGGACACACCGGAAACACCAAUGACGACGUCUGUUACCGCGCCAACAUCGACAGUAACACGGACCACAUUCGCAACGACUCUAGCAACAACCACAGCUGCAUCCACAUCGGCAUCAGCAUCGACGGCGGUGCCACCUUCAAACCCAACGACUACAACCAUGGCCACGUCCUUAGAACCGACCACCAGUCAACCUUCAUCUACAUCUGCAGUGGCGUCUGGUGCAACGACCACAGCCUUCACUUCAAGCACGCCGACAUCCUCCAUCACAACAACACUCGCAAGCACAACGACAGUCCCAGAGACGACUACAAACACGCAAGCAAGUCCCACAAGUACAUCAAGCACAGCAUCCUCUUCCAUUUCCAGCACCUCAACCUCUGUUUGGGACAACACAACCAUGCCCUCAUCUCAAUCAGAGUCGCCCAGCACGACAUUUAUCGUCACCAGCCAAGCUUCGUCGUCAUCAAGCACCACCGCUUCAGGCACCACAUCAAUGAGCAAUGCAACCACGACGAUUGCUUCUUCAAAAACGCCUUUAUCUACCUCACCGGCAUCAUCAAGCACAAACGCCUAUACUGCUUCAUCCACCAACCCGCGAGACUCGACCACCACGCAGACCCCGUCACCGAGCAGCACUUCUUUACCCACUAUUCGACAAGCUUCUUUUCCACGUCGGGUGAUGCAUCAACAACAUCGACCUCGACUAUUGGGCAGAGUACCAGCCCUGCGUCCAACAUCACUACUCUUGCGAGCACACCGCAGCAAGCCACCUCAACCCUUUCUCAGCCCACGACUCAACCAGAGACAGUUACUUUGCCCACUACUUCUGGUUCCAGUCAUUCGACGACUCGUCGCUCAACAUCAGGGGAUUUGACAACACGUACAACGAGUGACACUGUGACGACUUCGACUGCAUCUACCACGGUGCACGGGGACGAUGGCUCGGGAACGCUUGAGUCAACCACUGUCUCGCAUUCCUCAAGCACAUCGACUGACACCUCAACUCCACAAAUGUCAUCCUCAUCAACUCUAGCGGUUUCCACUUCGACGACUGCGUCAUCAUCAACCUCCUCAAUGACGACCUCAUCCCAAGUCACAACCGAUGAUGGCGGGUCGGGGGAGUUUAGCUCUACUCUCCGCCGCUCAACGACUACGGCGGUUACCACGACCCUGCCUUUGGAGACCACAAAUUCAACAAGUGCAUUGCCAACAACACCAAUGGUUUUGCCCACCGCAUUUGUUGACGGCAUUGACGUUUCGUGGAUGUUUCCCAACAACUACGAGGAGGUCGUUGGUGCAGAUCCCUCGAGACUCAUCUUGGAGCUGCAAGAAUUUACGUACACCCUGCUAGGCAAUGAGUUUGGCAGUCAAGUUGCCAUUUUAGAAGUCGAGCCCGGGUCCAUCAUCGUCCGUGCAUCGGUUGCUUCUUCGCAGGCGUUUCGUGUUCUUCGCCAGCCCGGCGACAUUCAAUCCAGCCAUGCUCGAGUCUUCAAGCACUUCAACAACGACGUCCACAUCUACAUCGACCUCGACCUCUGUGUCUUCGACAAGCACCACUUCCACGAGUACGCAGACCUCCACGUCGACCUCGACUUCAACUGCGACUUCUUCUUCAACUGCAACCUCUUCUUCAACCUCAACCUCCACUUCAACGUCAGUCUCAACGUCCACAUCUACAUCAACCAAGCUCCGUGUGAUGGCAUCAUGACAUUCGAGUCCCAUGCCCCUUCCAUCACCUCGGAUCGUCAGUGCGAGGCUGUGUCACCAUGCAUCUACUUUAUUGAGCAAAGCUCCCUCACCCUGUAUUUUGGUCCAAACUUUGCCUCGGCUCUUGGCGCUCCAUGGACGAGCUUGCGCUUGGAGGAAGCUGUGGCGAGUCUUGAUCAAACCUUUAGUUUGCUUGGUAUCGACGCAACGGGCAUGGGUGAUUUUGUUUUUCAUCGUGGAGGUGCGGUGCAAGUUUACGGCUUGCCAGAUGCGCUUGCGAUGAUUCAAACAGAAGUGUUACGCGGCAGCGUAGCAGUGACAGUCAACAUGUCAUCAUUUGUCGCAUCGUUGGAGCCAAUGGCUACAACCACUGAAGCGCCCGGGACAAGCCGUGCCACGAAUGACGACGACAACGACGACGACGAUAGUUCAGGUUCAUGGGUGACAAGUACUUUGAUAUCAACAGCUCCGACGUCAAAGACACCUUCAUCCCAGUCAUCAACACAAACGUCUACAAUCAUCUGGUCACCCAGCACAACCCGACAGGCCACGACCUCCGAAGCUAUGACCACUGAGGCUAUGAAUACCGAGGCCACGACCAUCGAGGCUACGACCACCGAGGCUAGCACCGCCGAGCCUACGACUACAGAAGCCACGACCACCGAGCCUACGACUACAGAAGCCACGACCACCAAAGCCACGACCACCGAAGCCACGACCACCAAAGCCACGACAACUGAGGCUACGACCAUCGAGGCUACAACCACCGAGCCUACGACUUUAGAAGCCACGACCACGACCCCUGACGCCACGACCACCGGGGCUACAACCACCGGGGCUACAACCACCGAGGCUACAACCACCGAGGCUACAACCACCGAGGCUACAACCACCGAGGCUACAACCACCGAGGCCACGACCACCGGGGCUACAACCACCGAGGCUACAACCACCGAGGCUACGACCAUCGAGGCUACAACCACCGAGCCUACGACUUUAGAAGCCACGAACACGACCCCUGACGCCACGACCACCGGGGCUACAACCACCGGGGCUACAACCACCGGGGCUACAACCACCGAGGCUACAACCACCGAGGCUACAACCACCGAGGCCACGACCACCGGGGCUACAACCACCGAGGCUACAACCACCGAGGCUACAACCACCGAGGCUACAACCACCGAGGCUACAACCACCGAGGCUACAACCACCGAGGCUACAACCACCGAGGCUACAACCACCGAGGCUACAACCACCGAGGCUACAACCACCGAGGCUACAACCACCGAGGCUACAACCACCGAGGCUACAACCACCGAGGCUACAACCACCGAGGCUACAACCACCGAGGCUACAACCACCGAGGCUACGACUUUAGAAGCCACGACCACGACCCCUGACGCCACGACUACCGAGGCUACAACCACCGAGGCUACAACCACCGAGGCUACAACCUACGAACCGACAAGAGCGUCUGAGGCCACGCUGAGCCCAAACUAUGUACCGCCACCAUUACCAACCACCCUUCCUACCGGCCUUAAUGAACCUGGCGAGGGUUACACCGUUGCCUUUGUGGGGGCGUUGGAUGGUAUCGCAGAACCUGCCAUCUUCAACAUCUCAAGUAUCAACAUCAUCAGUGAGCUUCCUGGAGUUGACUCAACUGAGUGCAGCUCCAUUUGCGACAGCAACUUGGAAUGCACGGGCUUCGUUGUCGCAAAUAUGGGUGGACAAAUCAUGUGUGCGGUUGUUCAGGUUGAUCCCGAUGCGCUUGGCCUCCCAACGACACUUCCGUCCAUUUCUUACUUGCGUACAAGGGCCCGCGUUCGCCGAAACACCGCUCAACCCUCAAACUCCACAAACCAAUAUCAAUUUUUGGCAGAGGCCGCAACACCCUUUGCGGAUCAGGUGUGCCAGCUUGUCUCACCCGAUUGCUCGCUGAGCGAAUAUGAGCUCAACGCACCGACGCAUAGCUCCGACCGCGUCUGCAGGGCCGUAUCUCUCUGCAACACCUCUCAGUUUGUCAGUCGCCAAGCUACCGCCUCAUCUGAUCGUAGCUGCACUGACUGCACAAUGUGCACGCCCGGGGAAUACGAGCAGCACGCCUGCACGUCGAGCGGUGAUACCCAAUGUGCUGCCCUCACGGUCUGUGAUGAAACACUGGAGUACGUUCUGUUCAAUGCCACCACGUCCACAGAUCGCGUGUGCCAGCUCUUGACAGUGUGUGCUCUCAACGAACGGGAGCUAUUGCCUCCGACGCUCUACAGCGACCGUGUUUGCUCAGGGCUGCCAACCUUUGAACCCUCCUUCCCGGUGCACCUCGAGGCUAUGGGGGGCGCCUUACCUGAACUUGCAUGGCGUUCAGAUAGCGCGGUCAACGGAACAGUCAGCGUAAUGGCUGUCGACGAUGGUCAAGUCAUCGUUGGAGUGGCUGGUGUACAAACCGCGUUUGAAAUUGCUUUACCUGGUCACUUGCCAGCUUUAGCCAGCUUUCAUGCCCCGCGUGCAAGACCCGCCUACGUUGAAGAGGUUGACCCCGUCCUAUGGGUCGUCUUAGCUGAUGCAGAGGGGGCACAUACAAUAUCACAAGGUACCGCAAUCACUGUGGAAGCGUGGUCUGAGCCUGGCAAACGACUGACCUCUGCCUCAUGCAUCGUCGAGUCUGCUUCACGGUGUCGCGUGACUUUGAGUUUUGGUGCAAGCGUUUCGGUACUGCCCCCUGGCGUCAUUGCCACCUUAAACGUGACUGCCAGCUUUGGGGGUGUGGUGUUGGGAGCAACGGACCUGCUCGUGGCAAGGCAUGCCUCCGUUGAGCUUCGGGGUGAUGCGGCUGUGGCUUGGUUACCGCAUCGCACCUUGUACCCGGGCGAGCUCGUGUCAAUACCCAUUACGCACGAGCUCCCUUUCAAUCCGGCAGGCUAUCGUUUGGUGGCGUCUGUGAACAGCUCAGACCUUGUGCUGACUUCCGUGACCGCCGAUUCGGCGCGCUGGGUUGGCACCUUCACGUUGCAAGAAUCAGUUGCAGCCAUGGGGUACACAUUGCGCCCGGACGCAACGGCAGGUGCCAACGAGGCGUUGCUUGCAACCCUUCAUGCUCGGGUGGCUACAAUCGUUCCGAUUGAUGCUACUAUAGCCUUUUCUCUAUCGCUUGUUGAAUUGCUAGAUGAGCAGCAGACCGCGCUCAAUUUGGCAAAUGGAGCUUGGACGACGGCCACACGCGGGCGUGUGCCAAAUAGGCCUUUGCUGUUUCUGAGUGGCAGCGAGCAACCAGCUGCACUGGCCAUUCAACAGCCUGCCUCACAUGUGUUUGAUCUCACGUCGAUUGGAGGCGCCUUGCUGCAGCGUGGCGCUUUACAGCUUUGGGCAUUAUACCAAAACUCCAGCUGGGUGCUCUUGGAUGCGUCGACCAUCUCGUCAACGCCGUCCGAAAGCACAGGCUUGGAAUGCACGUGGUGGGCAAGCGAAACUUUGCUCGCUUCUGGGUGCGAGGCUGCCGCUCUGGCUGGACUUUUGACCACGAGCACCAUGGUUGAGUUUCGCGUGCGUGGGUCUAAUGUUAUGGCCAGUCACGCCAUGGUGUGGGCUGUGGCCAGAUCGUAUGCGUUGCGUCUCUCGCGAUCCGUAAGCCACCGCGUCGCCAAUUGGGAAGCCGGGGCCACCUGCCAGCCUCGAUUCCAAGCGGUUGAGCUCAGCGUGGUUGCAGAGUUUGAAUCUCCGGCACGCAUGGACCAUUUGGAUGUGACAGCCAUGGUGCCGGCGGACAUUGUGGCCGCCCAAGGCCCGGUCAAUAUGGUUGCGUCUCGCUCGUCUGAGCGUGGUGUGGGUCUCCGUUUCCAGCCCACCACGGCUGGCAACUACACCUUGACCAUGGUGAAUCCUGUCAGUGCCCAAAUCGUCAGCCAGAACUCGCUGACCGUGUCUCUAUCUGCAGCAUACGUGGCGCAACUUGAUGUUAUGCCAUUAUCGGCGUUGACCCUGUCAGUACCCAGUGAAACCCCGGGAUCGAUCAGUCGAUAUGAGCUGCACAUUCAACGCCUCGUCAAUGCGCUGAAAACGACAACUGAUCGUUUGACGCUGGCGGCCCAGGUGGUGUUUGAGGACAACACGACAGAGGUUGUGAGUGCCGUGGAUGGGCUCACGUUUGAUCUUCAGGAUCCAGCAGUUCUGGUGCUUGAGAAUGAUAAUCAAGUGCGCGCGAUCGCCGCGGCCAACGGAUCAGCUCCUGUAGUCACAGCUCAACUUCGUAAUAGCUGUGACGCAACGCGCCUGCCUGCUCGCAAUGUUAGCAUCCCCGUCGCACUCUUGCGAGCUGCUAGGUUGUCAAUCAAUGCACUUGACCUUCCAGCUCGCUUGGCACCCGCCAAUGGUGCUGCCGCCACCAUCUUGCCCUCAACCGCCGUUCUUGAACCCCGUGUGACCCUCGAAGACGGCCAGGUUCUAUCCUCAGCUGCUCUGGCCGGCUCACUGUCUGCAUGGGUCGAGCCAGCGGCACGAGUCAGUGUGCAGGUUUUAAGUAACGGACGGGUUGCGAUCGUGGGUCGUGCAGGCGGAGUUGCGAACAUUACCCUCCGCUUCACGUCUUCCUUGCACGGGGAAGUCGAAGGACGAUGGAGCGUGAAUGUAGUGACCGGCACGGCGCUUACUGUGGCAGUUGGCACGUAUGGGGAGGUGUUCAAUCCCACAACCACCGCCGCCCUAUACUUGGGCGCAAGCACUCCAACAUAUCAGCCCUUGACAGUGCGUUAUUGGCUUAGCUUGAGCGACAACACCAACACAGAGCUCAGUCCAACUGUUGUGACUGCCUCUUUAUCAACGACCUCUGGCUUGCCAGAUGACGCACCUUCAGCCACGCUUCCCUCAAACGAUCGCAUUGUGCCUCAGACCGCUGGCUCGGUGAUUUUAUCCGCGGGCUUUUUUGACCUCAAUGCCACCUCGCCAGAACUCUUUUUUGACCCCCGCAGCGGCGUGAUGGUGACAAAUAUCACCAACUUGAAUCUGCAGCCCCUCAAUGGCGAUGCGCAGGCCGUGGUAAGUUUGACGUUAACCGAGCUAAUCGGUACUGCUGAUCAUGGAGCCUUUAUCCCACAAGGCAUCGUGCAUUUCUCCGACGGCACGUAUCGGGCAGAUUUGCUGGCGAGCACCAGCUUUGAAGCGCCUGUUCCGGGCUUGCUGUCUUUUUCAAGCUUGGACUCGGACAUCCUGUUUGUCGACACCUUAACCGGCGAGAGUGUCGUACGGCGUAACGGACGAGCAACGCUGGUGGUCUCAGCGCCCGGUGUCAACGGUGCAAGCGUCGACACAACUCUCCCAUGUACCGUCAACCUUGCCCCUGCUGUUGGGGACGUGGACGCAGGUCUUGCUGACAUCGAGGGGAGCAGCGUGAUUGAAGCACAACCUGGCGAUACGGUGCAGCUUGCGUUCUCUGCCAAUGUGGGCGCGCAAGACCUUGGUGCCUUUGCUCUGAGCGUGCAGGUGCCUGUUGGGAUGGCCGUUGUCAGAAGCGUGGAUUCGCUUUAUGCUGAAGGCCGCUUCUCCUCAAAUGUCGGGGAAUCUAGCGUCAGUGUGGCCGGCUUGCUCGAGGGCGCCGCCACGGGCAGUGCCGUGCCACUAUUUACCAUCACGCUCCAGCUGCUUGCGGUGCCGACAAAUCCCCUUAACGUGGACAUCCAGACGCUCAAGGAUAAAUCCGUGCCCGCCGCCACGAUUGGUGCAACAACACCACGUGCCGCUGUGGCCGCCACGCCUGUCUUUGUCGCCCCUUCCAGCUCCAGUCGUCGACGCAGCCCGCGGGUAUUGCGGAACAGCGAGGCUGUGGCUGUGGAGGAGCGAGUGCGGCGAGUUGAACCUGGCAUGGAGGAUCAAUGCUCGCCUUUUGAUGUCGAUGGCGAUUGCGUUUUUGAUGUGGCCGACGCGCAGUUGACUUUGUUUUACGCUGUCGAGGCGCUCACCGAGUUUGCGUCACCGCGGGGCCAACAAAUUCUGCAGCUACUGGCCAACAACAGCAAUGCGGGUCGAGGCUUGGAUGCCAACGGCGACGGCAUGGUAACCAUUCGGGACGUGGCGGCACAGCUCAAUGCUCUUGCUGGACUCGGUCGCCUGGUCGAGGACGUCUACCGUACGGUUGGCCGGGCCGGGCCCGAUUGUCUGGCUACGUUUGGUGUACGGCUCGCAGCGCUGGACGUGAGCCUUGGCGCUACGGCGCUGUUGUUUGAUUUUCGCCGAGCUAUCCCAGACCCGCAGGGCCUGCAGUCGACCGCCGCGUCCAAUCCUACGCUGUUUGCAGGCUUGAUAACUGCCCACGAGAGCGGGUUUGUCUGGGAAGGGCAGCGCUCCGACGAAGACGAGAACGAAUUUACGGUCGCUGUUCCGGGAUUUUUGCUCAAUGAGAGCGCCUUUGCGCUUUCAUACGUAUUUAUCAACCAACAGGCUGAUGCUGCAGGUUCGCUUGUGGUGCAACUGCUCAGCGGGCCGGUGCGAGCCGGUGCUGAACAGACGCAACUCGAGUUCUCUUAUAACUUAAGAACAACCACCCCGGUGAACGUGGUGUUGGGCAGUGACGCAGGUUACUACCCACAUCAAAUCUAUGAAAACGGUGUCAACGUGACCAGCUGCAACCUGAAUUGCGUCCCGGGGUUGGAAUAUGAGAAUGUGACCCAGGCCCUGUGUCUGGGCCUCACGGCCUGUACUGCCUUGGAGUACCAGUCCAUCGCACCGACUCCCACGAGCAAUCGCGUCUGCACGAGAGCCACACAGUGCGAGGAGACAGAGUACCUAACGCGAGCUGCCUCCCCCACCAGCGACGCCACGUGUUCUCGGCUGACGGUGUGCAAUGCGACGCACGCCUUUGAAGAAACAUUAGCCACGCGAACGUCGGAUCGUGUGUGUGCCUGGCUUACUACGUGCACGGAGGGCGAGUUUGAGGCUCGCUCUGCUACACCCACCUCAGAUCGCAUGUGCCAGAACGUAACCAUGUGCGUGACAGGAGAGUACGAGGUUGUGGCACCCGGGGCCAGCAGCGAUCGACAGUGCGUCAACCUGACGCAGUGCGCGCCUUUUGAGUAUGCCGAGAUGGCGCCCACUGUGACAACGGACCGCAUCUGCGCCAACGCAACUGUGUGCGAGGCGGGUUCAACAUACGAGGCACAAGCAGCCACGGCUACAAGCGAUGCAGUAUGCAUUGCGGUAAGCACUUGCUCCGAAGGUGAGCACGAGGCCACAGCUCCAACUCUGACAUCAGAUCGAGAAUGCGCUCCGGGCUCUGGUGAUGCCUCUACGGGCUCGUCCGGCGCAGCUGGAAUGAGCUUGAUAGUCGGCCCAGUCGUGGCAGUUGCUGUUAUCGUGCUGCUGGUGGUGUUGGUUGUCGUGCUGAGACGGCGCAAGCGUCGGCAACAAACGCACGACAUCACCAACCCAGACGAUGCAGGCAUUCCCAUGGCCCACACAGGGGGCAAAUCCUACGAUGCGACCUUUGAUGAGCCGGCUUCCUUGGAAACAUCCGUUGCUACGCGAGAGCCAGGACGCUAUGGGCGCACCCGCAACUCUGUAUCCUUUUCAGAGACGGAAACUCAGGUUCAGAUUGACUACGACGCGGCGCCAGACACGGGCGUUGUUGGUGUGGAAGACGUGUCCCUGGGUGUAGGCCCCGAACACGUGGGCAGCCGCGUGUAUGUGCUGGGCUAUGGUUGGGGUACUCUACGAUAUUUUGGCCUGCAUGCGACCAAGCCCGGUGCUCGGUGCGGUGUUGAGCUUGACACAGCAAACGGUUUGAACAAUGGCACUGUUGAUGGUUACUGGUAUUUUGCCGCGGCCCCUCGGCACGGAAUUUUGUGUGAUCCACGAAAAGUCAAGUUCAACGAGGAUCUACCUCCUCAGCCGUAUGUAGCCCGGGUGGCACCCGAGGCCGUUGGCAGUCUGGACGUGGCCUCUGUGGCCAAGGGCAAGGAUGUGCGGCAGGCCCAGCUCGAUCACUUGACUGAGCAGCGAAAGGAGGCGGCCAAUACGUAUGACUCAAUUUUCAGGGAGCGACAGGGUGGCUCGUUCAGCUCCAGCCGACGAAACUCGACAAAAAAUCGAUAUACGGAUAUUUUGGCUUACGAUGAUACCCGCGUCAAGUUGCGACGUGGCAUCACUGGGUCAGACUACAUCAACGCCAACUACGUGACGUUUCCCAACGAGGAGGCCCCUUUCUACUUUAUCUGUGCUCAGGGACCCACCUCUCAGACGGUGGACGAUCACUGGCAGCUGAUUUGGGAAAACGAUGUUCGAGUGAUCGUUAUGGUGGCCAAGCUGCAGGAGGACGGUCGGAGCAAGUGCGCGCCGUACUGGCCCUCAUCAGACCAAGGCGGCCUCAAGACUCCUAGUUUUGUCGUCGAGUUUGUAUCGCAAACAAGCGACGACCCACCAUUGCUCGACAAGCCGGCGGUGUUGCCCGGAUUCAGGUCGAGGAUGGAGCUCAUCUCAUUGCGUUUUUGCUGUGUUUGCUGUGAUUUCUUUCCAACUACAGUGGCGUACCAGACGUUGAUCGCUUUUUGGCGCUGA